AUGCAUUUAGAUGACAUCAUUCUGUGCACUGAUUCAACGAUAGCACUGUCAUGGUUGAAGACUUCUCCUUAUCUUUUGAAAACCUUUGUUGCAAAUACAGUCUCCAAAAUCCAAAGACUAGUAGAGCCACGACAAUGGAAGCAUGUAUCAUCAGCAAAUAAUCCGGCAGAUCUGAUUUCUCGUGGUGCUUAUCCUCAUGAACUUAUGAAAUCUUCCUUGUGGUGGAAUGGUCCUCAACAGAACGAACUUAGUGAUGCUUCUUUACUUGAACUUGACAAGACUCUCAUAGAUUCUCCUGCUUAUCAGGAUGAACUUAAAAAACCUUUAGACGUUAAUUUGAACUGUUUUCUGUCCAAUCUGAAAGGUUCCAGUGAAGAAAACAGGCCCCAUUAG